AUGUCCUCAACUGUUGCAGACAGACUAAGCAUCGGAACGCGACUGUAUAAUAUUAUAGUGAUGUUUGGAAAAAUCGUAGUUGGUUUAAAGCUUAUUUUUAUUGCAAGUUUAAUCCCGCGACAUGAAGCUAGCAAGAUAAUUAUUUAUAAUUUGACCGACAGUCUGCAACCGACACGUAGCAAAAUUCUAGCCGUGGCAGAGCUAUCGAAGAAGUGUUUUAAGGGGAAUGAAAAGCUCCUAGUUGUGGGUGAGGGCCUUAAUGACGAGUUAGUAAGGUACUUGCACCGAUUGGAGAUAACAACCAUCGGGUCUAUCUCAAGCUCUAGAUUACCCGUUGCAAAAGAUAGUUUCACCGCUGCACUCCAAAGUGAAAAGAAGAGCCCGACUGGGCUGGAUUACUAUCGUUAUCAGUGGAAAUCGAGAAGCUUUUUACUCUCUCCGUACUCGGCUCCGAAUCUAAAGGAUCAGCUUGACCGGCUUAAGGAUUCUCAGUGGUGGAAUUUUGGAGGAUUUUUUUUAAUCAUCGAGGAUGACACGGUCACAGAACGUUGCUCGAAUGCUUACGACUUCCUCUUAUUGGCAUGGAGUUAUAACCUGCUGUCCACAGUUUUUCUAUGCCAACAACAGAAUGGCGAGCCAUCCAUGUACUCUUACGAUCCUUACGGUGAUUCGGCUUCCCACCCUUGGAUAAAGGUUCGCGAAAUUAAAGGCCGACAAGGACACCCUUGGAGUUUAUUCAAGUGGGAAAAAUACGACGGUCUUCGGUACGGAUGCGAAAGAAUAUUUUACGACAGAACCAAAUCGCUGAACGGUUAUCCAAUAUUGACAAACGCGUUGAAUGAUCCCCCAUUCUUAUAUGUCAAAAGAGAUGAUACUGGGACAACGAAGUACAAGGGAGUGGAUGGUUCCGUCAUGACGGACCUUUGGAGUUUCUGGAACGCUUCAAUAAUCGACGUGAAAAUGACCUCCGAUUCUUAUUUUAUGGGCUGGCUGGACGAAGACGGUGACUUUCACGGAAAUCUGAUCGACAUCGCUGCAGGAAAAGUGGAUAUCAGUAUGAACAGUCUAAUAGUGCGACCCUUGACAAACGUAAUGGAAGCGUAUCCUCACGCUAUGGUUAAACUCUGCAUGGUGACCAAGGAUCGUGGAUCGAUACCAUGGCUUAUUGGGUUGUUCUACUUUUUUGACAAAUGGACAUUGAUGUGCGGAGCCUCGAUAUUUUUCAUUGGCUUGUUCGUAUUGAGCUACGCCGACAGACGCGGAUACAUUUCAGGGUUUUUGAAUAUGCUCCGAGUCUUUCUUGGAUCCUCGUACGUCGGUCCUCCGAUAUCGGCUGAUGGUUUUAGAAUUUUAUUGUUCUUUGUAUUUAUUUUUCCUACAGUUUUCUAUUCCACCUACCAGGGAAAAAUACUCUCCUUGAUUCGAAACCCGCUACAUUACGUGAACAUAGACGACAUUGCGGAGCUUAAUGAAUCCGGAUUAGUCAUCGAAGGACCCGAGACUCUAAAUGUUGCUCUUGCGUUUCCGACUUUUUUCUCUUCCCAUGUGUCCAAGGAGGUGGAUAACUGCAUUCGGAAAUUGUACAGAAACGAGCCCGUCGUCUGUAUCAAUUACUGCGACACCAUACGCAUGAGAUAUGCCCACGCAAAAGAUCUCCAUAUAAUGAAAAACUCAAGUCCUUACAACCAAAAACGAUUUGUCGCCCGGCCGGAUUUUCCCCUGAUUGACAGAUUCAAUGCCAUUACUCAGGCAAUCGUUGAAGCUGGAUUAACGAAAUUUUACGAAGCCAAGAUUUUGUACGAAGAGUCGAUUGUUAAGCCCGAUGAGAAUCUCUCGAGUGAUGUUAUCGCGUUUGUCAUAACUCUUCGUGAUCUUCGUUUCAUUUUUUACGGUCUUGGAUUCGGUUGGAUAUGCACGCUUCUCAUUUUUAUUGCCGAGAUGGUUUUGCGACGUAAAAUCAUUCGAAAAAGAUAUACUACUUACAUCAAAGAUACAAACUUUUCAUACACUCAAGUCGGAAGAAUGAUUAAGAUCGUGAGAAAAUAAUCAUCGACCAUUCAAUUCCAGUAUUGCUUUAUGUGUUUCACAGUAGACGUUAGCUUUUCUGCAAUUUAUAGGACUAGUCGGUGCUUAGCCACGCAAAACAAUUUAAGAAAAAAAAAAAUAACAAUUAGUCAAUUAAGCCCAUUACAAUGUGUGUGAAAAAAAAAUCCGUUAGUUAUUUCAAGUGUCCCACGAAUAGAAGAACGUAUCAUGGUUGGAUGAAUAUUGUCGGUACCUGUUUAACGAAGCAUAACAAAUUUUGAGGACUGUAUGGAUAGAAAUAUUAAUACUACAUUUCAAUUUUAUAUUCCGAUUUCAACAUCAAUAAGCAUUUCAAACACCCACUAAUUACUUAACGCUUACUCUUUCUCACUGCUCGUUUGUAAUGAAAGAGUGGAAUAAAUUUGUUUAAUUUGUUCUGGUAAGAUUUAAAUAUAUAGGUACCUUUAUUCGUGUAAAUAUGUUACACGUUAUUUAACUAAAAACAAUAUCGUAAAUCUAUUCCACGUAAUUGCGCCUCCCAGAAUCUGGAAACGUGGACUUCAGUACAAAUUGUGUAUUUUUUUUUUUUUUUCACUGUAACGUCCAUAGAAUAACGAAGCAAAUUUAGUCUCACGAAAAUUUAUCGGUAGAAAAACUUUGUACUAAUUGAAUUCAGAUGUAGUGGAUGUUUAUUGAGGUUUCAAUUACGAAAAUUUGUUUUUCGCUUCAAAAGGUGCGUAACGCUUGACCUAAAAUAUGCGGUUAUCGUUAGGCAUAUUUUUCUUAUUUUCGUGGAAUACAUUAAUUUUCUUACAUUGCCACAAAUGAAGUUGAGAUAGAUAGAUAAUACUUUAGUAUGCCCUACUUUAGCCACGAGGCAAAGGGCAUAACACAUGAUGUGUCACAAUGAAUAAAUUUAAUGUACAUGUGCAGAAGAAAAUAGUGUUAGAAGAAAAUUAGAAUAUAAAAUGUAAAGCAACAGAAAAAAAAUAAAGAAAUAUAUAUGACUAGGCAAAGCUGCAUUUCGGAUGGUGAACAAUUAGAAUAGAGGUGAAUGAGAUGUGAAUUUCUGCCGCUUACAACUAGAAAAUAAGAUUAGACGAGUGGGACGAGAUUGAGUUUAUUGAGAGCAUAAUUCGGUGGCCAUGACAGUCAAGGAAGGCAGAUCACGACAUCUAUGACAGAAGUGAAAGCGGAAGGAGUUUAGUCAGAUAGAAUUUGUGAAGAGAGGAAUGAGCAGUUAAUGAUGACCAGGGGGAAGUUACUGGAUUCAAUGACGUAAGGAUCACUGCCCAGCGGAAUAAUUUUACUGAAUUAAUUAUUUGAUGAAAAA